AUCGCCUUCGCUGGAAAUCCAGCGCGGACAGACAGCAGUGCAUCGCCAUUCAUGGCGGCAGCUACAUCAUCGUCGUCGUCGUCAUCAUCAUCUGCGGCCGCCGCCGGAUCAGGACCACCACCACCUCCUCCUCCGAAGAUCCUCCUAGCAAAGCCCGGAUCCGGCCCCGUGGGGUCCACCGUCGCCAAAUUCUCUCGAAGCGGCGGCGGCGAAGACGAAUCGGUAGUUCUUCGGUCCCGUCUCCCGCCCGUCGGAUCCCUCAAUCUCCUCUCCGAUUCUUGGGAUUUCCACACCGAUCGGAUCCUCCCUUUCCUGACCGAAAAUACCGAUUUCACGGUCAUCAGCAUCAUUGGUCCGACCAGUGUUGGCAAAUCGACGAUACUAAACGAGCUUUAUGGAUUCAAUGAGAGCUCUCCCGGAAUGCUCCCACCUUUUACAAUGCAGUCGGAAGAAACACGAGCAUUGGCUAGGCAUUGUACAACGGGAAUUGAACUUAGGAUUUCUGCUGAAAGGCUGAUUCUUCUUGAUACCCAGCCUUUAUUCAGCCCUUCUAUUCUAGCUGAGAUGAUUAGACCUGAUGGCUCUUCUUCAGUUUCUGUAUUAAAUGGUGAAUCCCUGUCAGCUGACCUGGCUCAUGAAUUGAUGGGUAUUCAGCUUGGUGUUUUCCUGGUAUCCAUUAGUCAUGUUUUACUGGUGGUAUCAGAGGGAGUUCAUGAUAUUAAUAUGUGGCAUCUGAUGCUGACGGUUGACUUAUUGAAGCAUGGCAUACCAGAUCCUUCUCUGUUAACAGCGUCCCAUUCUCAUGGUUCCAAUCCAGGGCAGGACAAGGAAAAUAAAGAUAUCUUGCAGGAGCCUGCUGAAGAGUUUUUAGCUUCCCCUCUCUUCAUACAUACAAAAUUGCGAGAUCAAUACCUCUCCCCUCGCAGUAUUACUCAGUUGAGACAGGCACUGUCACAGUAUUUCAGCUCUUCUUCAUUUGGAGUAAAAUUUCAAAACACGAUGAGAAAACAUAGUGAUUCUUCUGGUUCUGAUACAAGGACUGAUGAUUUGGGUUCAGAGGGACCGAAAUUGUUUGUGCUCCCAAAUAAAAGCGAAGACGACUCUCAGAGAGCUCAGUAUGGUAGCUAUAUUUCCAUGUUGGAACAACUCCGUAAUCAGAUAUUGUCAAUGAAUUGCCAGCCAUUUGCAAAGACAGUGUCAGAACGUGACUGGUUACGGAACUCGGCUCGGAUUUGGGAGCUGGUAAAGAGAUCUCCAGUCAUUGCUGAAUAUAGUAGAACACUUCAAAGUUCAGGACUAUUUAGGAGGUAGCAUUAUCUUUUUUUUUUAAA